AUGGCACCUUACGAGGCUCCAUAUAGCCUCAAGUGUCGUACUCCUUUUUGUUGGACUGAGCUGGAUGAACGUCGAGUGUUGGGUCUUAAGUUGGUUUUCGAGAUUGAGGAUAAGGUUCAACUAAUUAGGGAUCGUCUGAAGGUGGCUUCUAAUAGACAAAAGUCCUAUGCAUAUUUAAAGAGGCGUGAGAUUAAGUAUUCUAUGGGGGACUUCAUGUUUCUCAAGGUCUCACCAUGGAAUAAGGUUCUAAGGUUCGAUCGCAGGGGCAAAUUGGGCCCUAAGUUUAUUUGUCCUUAUCGAAUUUUGAAGCGAGUGAGACCGGUCGUUUAUCAGUUGGAGUUACCUCCAGAGCUAGACCAUAUUCAUGACGUAUUCCACAUCUUGAUGUUGAGGCGUUACUGCUCUGAUCCUACUCAUAUUGUCCAUGUAGAGGAAAUUGAGGUCAGGCCAGACUUGACAUUUGAGGAGGAGCCGGUCCAGAUCCUUGAUCGAGAUGUUAGGGUUCUGAGGAGGAAGUCCACUCUGUUAGUGAAGGUGCCGUGGCAGAAUCAUAGCACUAAGGAGGCCACGUGGGAAUCUGAAGACUCGAUGCGUAGCAGUAUCUUCAUCUAUUCUGAUCAGGUAUAUCAUGUUAAAUCCACGCGACAAGAAAACCACCAUCCCCACCUCAAAGAAGAGGAAAUGAGCAGCAUCAUCCUCGGGUCAUACCACUGA